AUUUGUCGUGGGAUUAACAUUACGUACCACGUUGACAGAUCACGUGAUCAUACCCAAAAGCCGACUUCCUUUUUGAUUGCCACAUGAAACUUUGAACAGUGAGAAAAUGAGUGCUCCACAAGUUUUUCACAAAGGGAUUGUUAAACAGGUUCUCUCAGGAGAUGCAGUAGUUAUCCGUGGACAGCCCAGAGGAGGGCCACCACCAGAAAGAACGCUUUGUUUCUCUAAUAUAACUGCACCCAGACUUGCCAGAAGAGCCAACCCUAAUGUCGAGGGAUCUGCAGAAACUAAGGAUGAGCCGUGUGCUUGGCAAGCUAGAGAAUUUGUGAGGAAACGCUUGGUUGGUAAAGAAGUAAUGUUUACAGUGGAAUACAAGACACCAUCGGCAACCAGAGAAUAUGGAUGUGUGUUUUUGCCCAAAGAUCCUUCAGGAGAAACCAAGGAAAAUAUUACAGAGUUACUUGUGGCAGAGGGUCUCGUAGAUCUGAGGAGAAGUGGACUUCGAGCUGAUGAUGAGAAUGCACAGCGGCUGUUUGCACUUGAGGAUGCAGCAAAGGCUUCUGGGAAGGGUAAAUGGAACGAAGAGGUUCUUACUCAUCCGGAGAAAUAUGUACGAGAUAUCAAGUGGACCAUUGAAAACCCUAGACAGUUUGUUGACUCGUACCAUCAAAAACCUGUUGAUGCUGUCAUUGAGCAUGUGAGAGAUGGAUGCACUGUCCGAGCGUUCCUGUUACCAGAUUUCCACUAUGUAACAAUUAUGCUCUCAGGAAUAAAGGCACCAAUGUUUAAGACUGAUGAAUCAGGUCAGCAACAAGCAGAACCUUUUGCGGAAGAGGCAAAGUAUUUUACAGAUAGUCGUCUGCUGCAGAGGGAGCUCAAGGUCAUUAUGGAAGGCGUGUCAAAUCAGAACAUUCUCGGAACUGUUCUUCAUCCAAAUGGUAAUAUAGCAGAGUUAUUACUGAAGGAAGGUUUUGCUAGAUGUGUAGACUGGAGUAUGGGAGUGGUAUCUCAAGGCUCAGAAAAUCUUAGAGCUGCAGAGAAGUCAGCUAAAGAACGUAAGGUUAGGAUAUGGAAGGAUUACUCUCCUUCAUCAUCCGGACCAACCAUUGAUAUCAAAGAUAAAUCAUUCCAGGGAAAGGUUGUUGAAUGUGUCAAUGGUGAUGCAUUAGUGAUCAAAACAGGAGAAGGGCAAUUUAAGAAGUGUUUCCUAGCAAGCAUCAAACCACCAAGACCUGCAGCAGAAACUGACCCAAGCAAACCAGGUAUGAGAGUCACUAGACCACUGUACGACAUUCCAUACAUGUUUGAGGCAAGAGAAUUUCUCAGGAAAAAACUUAUUGGCAAAAGGGUUAAUGUGGAAGUAGAUUACAUACAGCCACCAAACCAAGGCUUCCCAGAGAAAACAUGUUGUACAGUUACCAUUGGUGGAAUCAAUGUUGCCGAGGCUCUGAUUAGUAAAGGUCUGGCUACAGUGAUCAGGUAUCGUCAGGACGAUGAUCAGAGGUCUUCCAAAUAUGAUCUUCUCUUAGCUGCUGAAGAAAGGGCAAAGAAGAAGGGUGUAGGUCUUCACUCUAAGAAGGAAGCACCCAUACAUAGAGUAGCCGAUGUCUCGGGGGAUAUAACAAAAGCGAAGCAGUUCUUACCUUUCCUGACCAAGGCUGACCGACUUGAUGCUCUCUGUGAAUUUGUGGCCAGUGGCUCAAGGCUGAGAGUUUUCCUGCCAAAAGAAACGUGUCUCAUUACUUUCCUUGUCUCAGGAAUUGAUUGUCCCCGAGGAUCACGCCCAGGUCCUGCAGGAUCCACAAUACCAGCUGAACCAUUCGGUGAGGAAGCUACCAUGUACACCAAAGAACUCUGUUUGCAAAGGGAGGUUGAAAUCAAAGUGGAGACAACUGACAAAGGUGGUAACUUUAUCGGCUGGUUGUUUGUUGAUGGUGUGAACUUAUCUCUGUCCCUUGUAGAGCAGGGGCUGGCCAAGGUUCAUUUUACAGCUGAGCGCAGCGUCUUCUACCCACAGAUGUUGAAAGCAGAGGAGGCAGCAAAGUCACAGAAGUUGAAUAUAUGGUCGAAGUAUGAAGAGCCUAAGAUAGAGAAACCAGAAGAUGAACCACAGGAGAGACAAGUUACUUACAGAAAUGUUGUUGUCACUGAAGUUGGUGAUGACCUCAAGUUCUACGCCCAGAAUGUUGACAAUGGUCCACGCCUAGAACAAUUAAUGGAGGAGCUACGUGUAGAAAUGGACACAAACCCACCAUUGCCUGGAGCUUACACACCGAAGAAAGGAGAUCUUUGUGCUGCUAAAUACUCAGAGGAUAAACAAUGGUAUCGAGCAAAGGUAGAAAAGGUCCAAGGAUCAAAGAUCUCAGUACUGUUCAUUGACUAUGGAAAUCGUGAAGUGACAGAUGCAACACAACUGGCUCAGAUGCCGUCACAGUUUGCUGUAAUGUCUCCUCAGGCCACAGAAUACAUCCUGUCUUUUGUUACAAUGCCUAAUGAUGAGGAUGCCAAGAUGGACGCCCAAGAUGCCUUCUACAACGACAUGUUGAAUCGUCAGCUCAUGUUGAAUGUUGAACAUCGUAUUGGGGGCUGUGAAUGUGUCUCGCUCUGUGAUCCAGAAACAAAGGAAGAUGUGGCAAAAGGUCUAAUUAGCGGUGGUCUUGUUCUUGUAGAACAAAGGAAGGAGAAAAGAUUUGCAAAGAUGAUCUCAGAGUACAAUAAAGCUCAAGAUCUUGCAAAGGCAAACAGGUUGAACAUCUGGCGUUACGGAGACUUCAGAGAAGAUGAUGCUAAAGAAUUUGGAUACAAGCGCUAACGUAGACCAAUGCUUGACAACACAAGUGGAACGGGCAAUGACGGCCAUUUACACAUUCAGCAAUACACUGACGACACAUUAUAGAUUCACAGGAUUGAAUGUGUUUGAAUGAAGAUUGUUGUUUGUAUAUAUGAUCGUUAUAAAGCACAGCUACACAAGUGGAAUCUAGGUUUUAUAUGUAUUCGAAAUCAAACCAAUAAACAUUACACAAGUUCUCUAUAGCUUUUUUCAGAAUUGUUUAAGAUGAAAAGUACAUCUAGAAAACCAGAAAUAUAUAUUUAUUGCCUAUUUAAUACAUGCUACUAUAAUCUUCCUUUUACCAUUUGUUUUAGAAUGGUUUUAUGCAGAGGAGAUCAUUACAUUAUUUAAUACAACUUUAGAUUAUCAAAACCACAUAUUUUUGUUAGAAGUUUAUAUAUUUAUUGAAAGUGUUUUCUUUUCUGGGUGUACUUUUCAGUGGUUAUGGGUUCUAAAAAGCCCCUUUGUGAUUACAUAGGAAAUUUAUGUAUUUUUGUCUUGUUUUCUUUUGUUCUUGUGAAUGAAAGAACUUGUAUAUCGACCAGUGUGUUCUAAGAAUAGCAUUCAUUAUCAUUACAUGUUCAUUUGAUAUAGCUUUAAUAGUUACAUACUAGGGUUGUCCAUCGUUUAAAAUAUUUCAUUCCAUUUCUGUUUGGUGCUACUAUUUCUAUUUAUGAUACAUGUAUGAUUUAAGUGAUAACAGAAUAGAAACUCAAGGGAUUAAGUUCUCACCACCUCCUCCAUUGUUUUCUUAUAACGUGGCCUAUUGACAUUUUUGCUGUUUAGGGGGAGUAAGCCUAUGUGACUGCACAGGCCCCAUGUAAGCUUGCUCUAGAUAGAUCUAUUGGUAUUUCUAAGCAAUAGGUAUUAUUUGAUAUGAACACAUAGAAAUCUUAGUGUCAUAUUUCUUAUAGUUAAAUUCCAUGUAAAUCUUGUCCACAUGAACUUGUUAUAAAGUUAUUGUCGAGCCUGCUUGAGGUGAGCUCGACUUACUUGUCACUUUUGGCGGGUCAGUGCACAUGUGCGUGCAUCCGUGCAUACAAUUUUGUCCAGACCCUAACUUUGACAUGCAUGGACCAAUCUCGUUUAUAUUUGGCAUGGAUGUUUACCUCAAUGAGAAGGAUUGUCUUGCGCAAACCCUAUGUUCCUAUCUCAAAGGUCAAGGUCACAGUUGGAAGUCAAAGGUCAAAUUGAAGUUUGUCCGGAGCAUUUCUUCUUCAUGUAUGGUGGGAUUUUGAUGUAACUUGGCAUGAAUGUUCACUGUUAUGAGACGGAGUGUCAUGCGCAAGAACCACAUCCCUAGAUCCAAGAUCAAGGUCACACAUAGACAGCUGGCAGGCUCGACAUUUUGCCCAUGGGCAUACUUUUUACAUAAGUGAAUGACUUUGUUACAUGGUAUAAAGCAGUAUUCAUUAUAAACAGAUAUACAAAUAUACUAAUUUUUUUAAGAUACGCUUUUUCAUUUUGUUCAUUAGUUACAAAGUCUGUACUUAGAAGGUUGAAUGAAAAACUAUAUUUACAAACAGCUUUGUGGACAUUAUUCAAUGUGGCUAAUGUAUUUCAUGUUUUUGUGUAUGUACCUGCUCUUCAAGAGUCUACUAACACAUUUACGACUUAUGCAGAGUGAAACUAGUUACCAAGAAUUCUUACACCUUUUUUGCAUUUUUUAAGCAGCUAUGCUUAUUAGUGAUUCUAUUUUGAAUUUUGUAUAAAUAUUUCCUAUGUAGACAUAACACAGGCUGCAAUAAAACAGCAUAAUCUUUUA